GUGGAUGAUCUCCGCCUCGGCCCAACGGCAUGUUAAGAUAGCCACCUCGCCGUCGCCGCCACAAAAAUCUCCAACCGCCUGUUGCCCCUUUACGGCUCUAGUCCGUAAGCACACAAGUAAACAGUAAAUGACACUAGACCCCACUUUGUGCGGGACCCAAACACAGUGAGAGAGUGUUGUCACAAUAACCCCAAAAAAUAGGGCAAGGAGCCCUCAGCACCCGCGGCGAGCUAAGCAAUUUCUCCACGCUUUGCACCGCGCAUCGCAUCUCCCCCCUUCCUCGGUUCCUCCCCUUUCGCCCUACUUGCUUCCCACGCCAGGGCCCGAGCUCCGAGCUAGGGUUUCCUCUCUCGCCGCCGCCGCCGCCGCCGACGUCGACGGAGAAGAGGAGUAGGUGAAGCCGAGUUAUUAGCGCCAGGGGAGGAACAUGGGGACGCCGGAGACGUCGCGGGAGCCAUGCCCGGACCGGAUCCUGGACGACGUCGGCGGCGCGUUCGGGAUGGGCGCCGUCGGCGGCUCGGCCUUCCACUUCAUCAAGGGCAUCUACAACUCCCCCAACGGGAUGCGCAUGUCCGGGGGCGCGCAGGCCGUGCGUAUGAACGCGCCGCGCGUGGGGGGCAGCUUCGCCGUAUGGGGCGGCCUCUUCUCAACCUUCGACUGCGCCAUGGUCUACGCGCGCCAGAAGGAGGAUCCCUGGAACUCCAUUAUCGCGGGCGCCGCCACGGGUGGGUUUCUCUCUAUGCGCCAGGGCAUGGGGGCGGCGGGCCGGUCCGCGCUCAUGGGCGGUGUCCUUCUGGCCCUCAUCGAGGGCGCCGGCCUUAUGCUCAACCGCGUCCUCGCCAACCCGCCGCUUCCCGCGGAGGAUCCCAACCUUACCGCGGCCAUGGGCGACAACCCUUUCCCGGGCCUGCCACAGGCGCCGCCGGUCGUGGCACCUCCGGAAGUGGCGAGCUCCAGCGGCGCGGGUGGGUGGUUCGGGGGACUGAUUGGCAGGAAGGACGAAGAGAAGAAAUCCAGCGCGGGCAAGUCGGAGAUCUUGGAGAGCUUCGACACGCCCAGCAGUCCGAUACCAUCGUUCGAGUACAAGUGAGGAAAAGGUUGGCUGAUGCCACUGUUGCCUGCACGGCCUUGCAGAUGCUGUGAUGGGGUCUGGAAUUGGUGAUGCAUGUCAGCAAUACAAUAACCGACAGGACAAAAGAGAUGGUAUGCGGCUUAAGCCUUUUCCGAAACGUGGCAGCUUGGCUACUUCUCGAGAUGACGUAGUAUUUGUAGAAGCAACAGCAGUAGUAUACUGCCCAAUAUUAUAGCAUUCGUGUUGUGCAAUGUAAUGCACGUGAGAACGCUUGUGUGGUUGUGCCUCUGGCUGGCCUCUAAACGGACGUCUUUUUUGUGGUCUUAUUAGUCGAGUCGUUCAACUGCGCCAAGUCUUGCUGCAGUUUUUUUGUUUUGUUGCCACUGUGUCUGAGCCUCGGGUGGCCUGGUGUACCUUCGAGGCUGCUGUUAAGCAGGGUCUUGUCAGUCAGGGCAGGGACCUUUGUUGCCGCAAUUAGUACGGUACGUAAACUGCCCAUCUCGGUGGGUAAGCUAA